AUCGUCACCACCAUCACCAUCACCAUCACCAUUACCAUCAUCAUCAGGAGUGGUUACAGGACUAUUAACGCCAUUGUCGGCAGAAUUUUCUGGAUCCGAUGCGUCAUCAUUACGGUCUGUUGCCAGCUCCGGACCGCAACAACGCUCCAAGGUUGUUUCUCCGCGUACCAGGCGAUAUCCCUCACCCACCUUCCUACUCCAGGCCCGUGCUCAAGCGUUGUGUUACAUCGCGAUAACAUGCGCGGUUAUUGGGCUCUUGGGCAUUCUUCACGAUACAGGACUAGUGCCGUUUCUAGAUCCCUCGGGCUCACCUGUGUUUUUGCAAGGGAUCAAUUCCUUGCUUCAACAUGGGGGUUUGCCUUAUGCCUCUGCGGCCACUUUCGACGGUUCCUCAGGUGUUGCCUCUUCUUCGGUUUACCGAGUCCAACCACAUGGAUAGGGUCUACAGUCAUGAAAUGUUAAAGAAAAUUGCAUGGCGGGCAUAGGACUUCCAUUAUGCUUGUAUAUUAUGGCAAUGUAGCUCUCCUAAGAGCGAUUGACUUGAUUUGCUAAGAUGGCUGCAGUAGCACCCCAUGGUUGGUGUUCAACGAGGUUCCUCAAUCCCGUGGUGUGGCUCGUUUGGCUAUUUAGUCCUCCCCCAGAGCUGAAUCCCAUCAUUCUCGAGCUAGGUUCCUUCAACAGCUUUUCUCACAAUUUCUACUCGUUCUCGACCCCAGAGCUCCUGCUUCUUUGGUAAUCGCCGUCUGCCACCAUGCAGAUCUUCGUUAAAACUCUCACCGGCAAAACCAUCACCCUUGAGGUGGAGAGCAGUGAUACCAUUGACAACGUUAAGGCCAAGAUCCAGGACAAGGAGGGUAUCCCUCCUGACCAGCAGCGUCUGAUUUUCGCUGGCAAGCAACUGGAGGAUGGCCGUACUCUUGCUGACUACAACAUCCAGAAGGAGUCUACCCUCCAUCUGGUUCUCCGACUUCGCGGUGGCAUGCAGAUCUUCGUGAAGACUCUUACUGGCAAGACAAUCACCCUGGAGGUCGAGAGCAGCGACACCAUCGAUAACGUCAAGGCGAAGAUUCAGGACAAGGAGGGUAUCCCUCCUGACCAGCAGCGUCUUAUUUUCGCCGGCAAGCAACUGGAGGACGGUCGCACGCUCGCUGAUUACAACAUCCAGAAGGAGUCGACGCUCCAUCUGGUGCUUCGUCUUCGCGGUGGCAUGCAGAUUUUCGUCAAGACUUUGACGGGAAAGACCAUCACCCUGGAGGUUGAGAGCAGCGACACCAUCGACAACGUGAAGGCCAAGAUCCAGGACAAGGAAGGCAUCCCUCCCGACCAGCAGCGCCUUAUCUUCGCGGGGAAGCAGCUCGAGGAUGGUCGCACGCUCGCCGAUUACAACAUCCAGAAGGAGUCUACCCUCCAUCUGGUGCUCCGUCUUCGCGGCGGCAUGCAAAUUUUCGUGAAGACUCUUACCGGCAAGACCAUCACCCUGGAGGUUGAGAGCAGCGACACCAUCGACAACGUGAAGGCCAAGAUCCAGGACAAGGAAGGCAUCCCUCCCGACCAGCAGCGCCUUAUCUUCGCGGGGAAGCAGCUCGAGGAUGGUCGCACUCUCGCCGAUUACAACAUCCAGAAGGAGUCUACCCUCCAUCUGGUGCUCCGUCUUCGCGGUGGCAUGCAGAUUUUCGUGAAGACUCUUACCGGCAAGACCAUCACCCUGGAGGUUGAGAGCAGCGACACCAUCGACAACGUGAAGGCCAAGAUCCAGGAUAAGGAGGGUAUCCCCCCUGACCAGCAGCGGCUCAUUUUCGCCGGCAAGCAGCUCGAGGAUGGCCGUACUCUAGCGGACUACAACAUUCAGAAGGAGUCGACCCUCCAUCUGGUGCUGCGCCUCCGUGGUGGAAUGCAGAUUUUUGUGAAGACCCUCACUGGCAAGACCAUCACGCUUGAGGUGGAGAGCAGCGACACCAUUGACAAUGUCAAGGCUAAGAUCCAGGAUAAGGAGGGUAUCCCUCCUGACCAGCAGCGUCUGAUCUUCGCAGGGAAGCAGCUCGAGGAUGGCCGUACCUUGGCGGAUUACAACAUUCAGAAGGAGUCUACGCUUCAUCUGGUUCUCCGCCUCCGUGGUGGUCAGUGAGUGACCACCAGCUUAAGCUGGUUGCAGACAUGAGCUGUGGUGGUUCCUAAUGGUUGUAUAACUUCUGUGUUUACUGUAUACAAUCGUGGAUUAAUUUUGAGUUGGCCAUCACAGCUGAAAUUGUCUUGCAUUGGUGCGAAGCCAGUUGAUAACUAACCAGUCUCGGGCAGAUAUGGUUGCAUCUCUGUAAGCAAACGAUAAUGCUAAACUUUUCCCCCUCCUAUC